AUCUAAAAACACCCACUGCUUUUGUUUAUUAAUUUGAAAUUUUUAAAUCACAAAAAACAACAAAACAACAUUGUUUGAAGCCGACUUAGUGCAAUAAGUCUAGUAAGCCUAGUAAUGUUCUAAGACUCUUUCACAGUACAUGCACUAAUAAUAACUCAUUAAAAAAGAAAAAAAAACUGAAAAUUGUAACAAAACAAAAAAAAAUAUAAUAACUAGAAAAUUGUGUAUCAUUUUGUUUUGUUUUGAGCUUGGCUUAGCUCAUAUAAGACUGCGACACAAAGUCGCAGUUAAAUACAAAAACAAGUAUCAACAGCGUUUGUAUUUCCAUUCUUAAUGUGUAUAACUACAGCUUCAUCAAUAACAAUAAUAAUAAUAACAACAACAACAACAACAAAUUAACGUUAACCAAACACUUCACACAGGCAAUUUAUUUUUGUUGGCUUCCCAUUUCUGUACCGACAAAACUCGAUUUGUAACGCUUAGAUGUUCUCAAUAGUUGAUCAAUUCGAAGAUAUGGGACAAAUUAAUCUAGAUCACUAUUUUUAAUGUUUACGUUUUAGAAAAAACAAAAAAAAAAAUCAAAGUCUUUUCUAAAUACAUAAUCGACAACAGUCUACCAUAUUAAUUUGAUAAAUAAAAGGCAAAAAUAAGAAGAGGUACAUUACGUGAAUACAACAUGGACGAUCUUGAAUUAGAUCAAGUCACACAGGUGAUAGGUUAUCAUCCAAAAUUUCUCGAUCAUUUUCUACGAACUCAAGAUUUUAUUAUGAACCGUGAUGGACCAUUGCCAUAUGAGUACAGAUACUAUUUGGCUAUAAUUGCGGCCGCACGUCACCAAUGCGUAUAUUUAGUCAAAAUGUAUGAAAAGGAGUUCCUUAACCAAGGAGGUCAACCUGAAUGGUUGAAUGGAUUGGAUUGUAUUCCAUCGAAAUUAUAUGCUAUCUACGAGAUAAAUAAAAUAUUAGCACAUAGACCAUGGCUGUUGCGCAAGGAGCUAAUAGAACGUUUGACAAAGGGUAAAAAUAGUUGGUCAUUGUCAGAGGUCGUUCAUGCUAUGGUGUUACUCUCACAUUUUCAUUCAUUAUCAUCCUUUGUAUUUUCUUGCGGCUUAACACAAAAGCUAGACGGCCUUUCUAGUCCCAAAUUGAAGUCAUCACCUGCUAUAUUGCCUUUUCCUACAUUAAACCAAAUACCAGAUAUGCAGCAACAACAUUUACAAAUGCAACAGUUACAAAUGCAACAGCAGCAACAACAAAAAGCUGUUUUAAGUGAAAUUACUUUGAAUAAUAAAAAUCUUGAUGAUCACAGCAGUUAUGAAAUUCACAAUAAUUCAGCGAGCGGAAAUAUUGUGAACGUAAUUGGUGUGUGCCUAAAAGCUACGACACCGCUACCACUUCAAUUCUCCUUGGCCCCUGUGCAAAGUGUUGUUGAGGCGAUAAUGGAGCGUAUGAAAGUGCUUUCCGAAAAACAGGACGAAUGUAGCGAAGCAGAAUUAAGUAAUCGUUUUAAGAACGUUGAAAUGCAGACUGCUGAACUACCAGCUGCUGCACCGGAAACUGCUGUCGAAGUGCCACAAAAUAUAUCCCAUUAUAUAAAAGAUCCGACAUUUACCUAUCAAGACUUUGCUCGAAGAGGUGCUGAAAAUAUUCCAAAUACUUUUCGUAUACAAGAUUACUCAUGGGACGAUCAUGGCUAUUCACUUGUAAAUGAUUUAUAUGGUGAUGUUGGCACACUUUUAGACCAAAAAUUUCGUGCCGCGUAUAAUUUAACAUACUUCACUAUGGCUGGCAUUAAAAAUGUAGACACAUCAAAAUUUCGGCGAGCCAUAUGGAAUUACAUACAGUGCAUAUUCGGAAUUCGACAUGAUGAUUACGACUAUGGCGAAGUGAAUCAACUUCUAGAUCGGCCUUUAAAAAUGUUUAUAAAAACAGCUUGUUGCUUUCCCGAAAGGAUAACUACAAAAGAUUAUGACAGUAUACUUGUGGAAUUGCAAGAUAGUGAAAAGGUGCACAUUAAUUUAAUGAUAAUGGAAGCCAGAAACCAAGCGGAAUUGUUAUAUGCCUCGCGUGAAAUUAUGCGCUAUAGGACAUGAUCUCAUUAAAAAUUAUUUAAUUUUAUAAAAAAAAGUUUUCGAAAAAUAGAUAUAUAAAUAAUAAAUAAUAUUUUUAUACUAAUCUGCGUUAGUUUUAUUUAAAUAAAGAAAUUGUUUAACCCAUAAAAACAUACUUUUCAGAUAUAAACUGUAAUAAUCACUCAUUUCUAAAUUUUAGUGGUUAUUCUUAGUUAAAUUUACCAAAUAUAUUUUAAAUAAUAAUAAUAAUUUACUCAUAUUUUGUAUUGCCAUUUAAUUUUUAAAAUUUGUAAAAUAAGGCGAGCAUAUUUUUAAGUUUGUUGGUUAUGUCGAAUUGAAAAUGAUUUAUUUCAAAAUUUCAUUCGUUUUACAUAUUUAAUUGAUUUUGAUACAAAUGAAAAUUGUUUUGUGAUUUUUUUAUUGUUCAGUUUUUUGUUAUUUGUUAGCUAAUAUUAUCUUGCUUCUCAUAUGCUUCCAUUAAAAAUGUUUAACAUUGUAUAAGAACUAAUUUUAUAUGUUUAUACGUAUAUUAUAUUUUAUGUAAAAAAAUUAUCUUUU